CAAAAGGUAGAUGUCGAGAUGCAGCGAUUGUUAACGCUCAAAUCGUACCUUGUUCUGGAUGCCGAAAGUGAAGAAGCCUUUGAUCGUCUAACGGAAGAGGCCUGCCAGCACUUCCAGGUACCAACCUCACUAAUUAGCUUGGUUGAUUUGGGUCGCCAGUUUCUGUUCAGUGGGACGACCUAUGGUGAAUCCAAAGAGAGUUCCCGGAGUAUGGCGUUCUGUGCGCACACAAUUCUCAACAAAAACGGUAUCCUGGUAGUUAAUGACACACACAAGGAUGCACGCUUUCAAAAAAAUGUCUUUGUUACCCAGCGCCCGCAUUUGCGAUUUUAUGCCGGUGCACCU